GUUAUAUUGCAUUGAAUUGAAACAAAGAAUAUUGAAUCAGAAAGGUACAAGGUAGAAGAAAGAAGGGUUACAUGGAACGGCAUCUACACGUCACCACCCCUCAGCCAAGCCCUAAAACGACGCAAGCAAGAAUCAAGCCACGGUCAUACCACCCACCUAAUACUCAAACAAAAUGAAAUCAAAGCUCCCCCCCAUCCAUGUCAAUGCGACUUCCCCGAUUACCUGAAACAGAGAAUAUUCCUAUCGUACAAUAUGAAGCUCGCAGUCUUCAGCGCCAAAUCCUACGACAAGCACUACAUUGACGUCACACUCCGCAAACAACACCCCACCCUUUGUGAGAUAACCUACCAUUCAUUCGCCCUCUCAUCCGAGACCGUAUCUCUUGCACAAGACAGCGAUGCAGUCUGCGUCUUUGUAAACGACCAGCUGGAUGCCCCUGUCCUCCAAACUCUCUAUGCAAACGGCGUGCGCGCCAUUCUCCUCCGCUGUGCGGGCUUCAACAAUAUCAACCUGCAAGUCGCCGAAGACCUCGGCUUCUUUGUCGCCAACGUCCCCUCGUAUUCCCCUGAAGCGGUCGCCGAGUUUGCAGUGGCGUUGAUCCAGACCCUGAAUCGCAAGACACAUCGUGCGUUUAACCGCGUCCGGGAGGGGAACUUCAACCUUGAGGGGUUUUUGGGCCGUACGCUUUACGGGAAAACGGUGGGGAUUGUAGGCGUGGGUCGCAUCGGGCUGGCGUUUGCGAAGAUAGUGCAUGGGUUUGGGUGCAAGUUGCUGGCGUAUGAUCCGUUUGGAGGCGAGGAGUUCAAAAAGUAUGGGGAGUUUGUGGAGCUAGGGGAUCUACUGUCGCAAAGCGAUGUGGUCAGUCUGCAUUGUCCUCUCACAGAUGGUACGAGGCAUGUGAUUAAUGAUGAGAAUCUUGCACGGAUGAAGAAGGGUGCGUUGUUGGUCAAUACUUCCCGUGGAGGAUUGGUCAACACUAAGGCUGUUAUCAAUGCGCUUAAGUCCGGUCAGCUUGGUGGUGUGGCGCUGGAUGUGUAUGAGGAAGAAGGGGCACUGUUCUACAAUGACCAUUCUGGCGAGAUUAUCCAUGAUGAUGUGUUGAUGCGGCUGAUGACGUUCCCGAAUGUGCUUGUUUGCGGCCAUCAGGCUUUCUUCACGGAGGAGGCACUCAGUGAGAUCGCCGGAGUUACGUUGGGGAACUUGGAGGACUUCGUUAUGAAGAGGACUUGCAAGAACUCGCUGGUGCGUGAGGGUCAUUUGGUGGUUCCAAUAGACAAGGAGCCUGUGCGGUUGUAGUAGGUUGUUUGGCAUCGACUGAAGUUGACAAGGAUGUCAUUUAUUCUUGCUGGAGACGUUGAACUGCCGAACGCUGAAUUUAUUCUAUUACCUGGACACCUGGAUGCCUAGGAUCCAGAUCAAACUAUCUAUCAUAUGGUUAUGACCGAUAUUCAAACGAAGAUAUUCAUAAUAUUCAUUAAUUCAUUUAUAAUCAUCAACCAAUGAGGAAAAUAUCAAGUUGCAAUAAUCGGACAUCGUUCAUGCUUCAUAACAUCAAACCAACUCAGCGUAUAAUCCUUAGCCUUGUCACGCGCUUCCCAAACCAUCUGUGCAGUCUUGGCUGCGGCCGAAAAAGAAGAGAGAGAUGUACGAUGGCCGGUGGAUACCAACCAGUCUAGUAACCCGCGUUGCAAGUCGGGAUCCAAUGCCUCACAGGCAGCUACAAAGCCAGGCCAAAGGAUUGC